CGAUGGGAUAUUACGGUGAAAACUCCAAAAAUGAAGCAAGAGAAUGUGAAUUGAACGACCGAAGUACGUAACGUAAAAGCAUUGGGAUAUGCGUGGUGGGCACUUUAGCAGUAGCAACCGCAUCCUCAUUAUCCAUUAGCGAAAACUGGUGGCUGCAGCAAAGCGGUGAGAUGAGUUCGAUAGGCCAAAGCAUACUGAUGGCACUCACAGUAACAGUGAACAAGUAUGCUUCUUCCAACUUGCAGGCCGUUUCUCACAGAAAGCAUCCUAAAUCGCCGCCCAAUUCCGCCGUCACCACCAGUAGAAGAGGCCUCCUCUUAUCCUCCCUCGCGGCCGCCUCCCUCACUGAUCAAGUCCCUGACUCCAGAACUCUCCUUCUCAAGAAAUACCUCAAGAAAUCAGAGGAAAACAGAGAUAAAAAUGACAAAGAGAGGCUGGAGAGUUAUUACAAGCGUAACUACAAGGAUUAUUUUGAACUUGUGGAGGGAACAUUGAAGGCAAAGCAGCAAGAUCAGCUUUCUGAUACAGAAAAAGUAUGGUGUAUCCAAACACUACCUUUUUUUAUUUUUCCGCUGGUGGGUGGACCCAACAUGAGUUAUUGUAGCUUCAGCUUCAACGCGUAAUAAGCUCAAAAACUGAGGAUUGAAAGUCAAAUCCCAUGAUGUUCGGGGUAUAAUUUUCUGGGUCACAUGACAUAUAUAUACAGAAGUCUCAACACUUUAACAGGCAACAUUAUCCGUGACCAAAUCUUCCCAUUAUGUGACCCCUUCCUUAAGUUAGCGUAACUUGAGGAUUUACUGUUUCAACUUUAAAGAGUUCCAGACAGAAAGAUAGAUAUAUCUACUAUUCCAGGUCAAUCCCAAGCCCUAGUUUUCAUCAAACCUGCCGACUAACCCUCAUAUAUUAUUAUAUAUGCAUAUAUAUAUAUUUGUAUUGAAUCUCCAAUGGAAACAAAGUUGUUGGAACUUUGGAAGAUACAGAU